UGUCAGGUGGAGACGACAGCCCAGGAGUCGUCCAGCGUGGUGCCAGGGGUGGUCGUCGUCCGGGAGGAGGUCGCCGCAGCGUGCCCAGCUGUCCCGGAGGUGGAGGCGACAGUCCAGGAGUCUGCCAGCGCGGUGCCGGGAGUGGUCGUCGGUCAGGAGGAGGUCGCCGCAUCGUGCCCUGCUGUCCCAGAGGAGCAACAGAAGAUCUUCAAAGCUAAGGCUGUUUUUGUUCCUUCUGUUUGUGUUAGUGAUGUUAAGUCAGAGUCUAGCGCUAAUGCUGUGGCAACAGGGUCUAACAUAGAUAGCAGCAGGAUUAGGCUAGCUAAAGUUGUGCGCGGGUCGUUUCAUCAGGGAAAUGCCCGAUUUGUGUAUGGUGGUGUGCAGUGUAUGGCUAUAGCUUUGGUCAGCUUAGCCAAACACACGGUGAGGAGCGCGUUCUCGUGGGACAGGCUGGAUCUGGAUCGCGCGUUGGUUGAAGGUGAUGAGUUGUACACGAGUUUGCGUGACCUCAACAUCUUCAGCCAUGUGUCUAAUCUGCUGUCUGUGCCAGAUUUGCCACAACAGCUGGAAUUAGACGGACAGUUGUUUAGGUUCGGUUUUGGUGACACAGUGUUAGGCGAAGUAGGCGUGACCGAAGGUGAAUACAUCGAUUUCGGUGUAUUCAUCAGCUUGCGUAAUGGACUGGAGAGAAUCUUCAGUCAAUACACCACAUGUCUUUUGACAAUGUGCGGAAACACCACUGCCAUCGUGCGUGAGGGUGGACGGUUCGCUGUGGUCGACAGUCACUCACGCAGUAGCACUGGCUUGUUGCACCACAACGGUACAAGCGUGGUUCUGCAUUUUGCCUGUCUUGACGACCUGCACCACUACAUCUGUCGUUUGGCCGACAGUCUCCGUUCGAGGGAGAAGCUCUUUGAGCUGUGUGGUGUGACGGUCAGCACGGGUGCAAGUCCAGCGCGGUCUGGUGUGUCUGUGGAGAGUCUCAUCACUGCGAUGAGCGCUGCUCCAGCACCAGAGUCUACGAGGUGA